UAUUGCAUUAAGCAAUCUUAUAAAACAGUGCAGGGAGAGCUGCUUCAAGGAGGGGCCUCUGUAGCAACAGCAAGUUUUCAAUUUCAACAAAGUUAUUUAUACAUCCUCAGCGCUGUGGCUAAAUUAAUGGCAGGGCCGAAUUACAGUGUAGUGCUUGAGUAGGUAGACAAUAUGAGGGCUUUUCUAAUCAGAAACUCAUGGAAAAACACAGAUAGUGGCAAUGUUUACAAUGUCUAAUGGCAGGUGUGUAGAUGCUCCUGGCAAAUCAAUAUUGACAUCAAAAGUCUACAACAAGUCUAGUUAUUUUAAAUGCCCCUGACAGUGGAUAUGAUAAAUAAAAUAAAACUCAUAAAAGAAAUGAACAUAUAGCUGUUUCAAAAACUUUAGUGAUCAUGCCUAUAAUUUUUUUUUUUUUAAUUGUCUUAGUGCAUUUGUCCAAUUUCUCUUUUAGCAAGAAGCUUCUAAUUAAUACAAAAAUGAAACAUUUGUGAAAUGAGUCAAGAUACCAGUACAAUAUGACUAGUCCAUACCAAUUAACCUUUACUGGUUGUGAUCACAUGUAAGGUUAUCAUGAAGCACCUCAAGAUAUAGUUAGCAAAAAAUGAAACUAGACAUGUUGUAGAGGCCACAAAUGUAAUAAUUGGAAUAAUAAAUGUAAUAAAGGCCCUACAUGUAGUAAACAAUUUCAGGCCAUUAUUACAUUUAAGAUCAGAUUUAUUACAUUUAGGGGCUUUAUUUCAUUUAAGACAAUUUAUUAUAUUUAUGCCCUGUCUAACUACAGGCAUCUGAUAAAAGGUACUUUGUAUAUGUAUGUAACAAUAACCCUGUAAUUGUGUCCAUUGGUUUACUUGCUUAUUUUACUGCAAUAUUACAUUCGAGGUUUAAAAGAAGGCUUGGCAUAUCUGAAAGACUUUGGAAUUUGGACGAGGGCAGACCUUUAAUGAUAAAAGUGGCAAAAUCAUGCCACUGCACAUACAUUUCUCUACAGACAGAUGCCACUGCUUCACUUAGGAGAGCCACACAUCACUAUACACAUUUGCCAAAGAUUUGUGUUUUCGUGGACCCCCUUGUCCGUAGUUAAAAGUCAAGUUCGAAUUGAAAAACAUGGAUGGGAAAACACGCGGCACUUUGAGUCAAGUUCAGGGUGUCCCUUUACCAGAGCCGAUAGUGAAGUACUGGGCAAGAGUGGAGAAGUUCCAGGCAUCUAAAGAGGAUGUGCUAAUUGCCACCUAUCCAAAAGCAGGCACUACCUGGACACAGGAGGUGGUGGAUCAGAUCCUGAAUGAAGGAGAUUUAGAAAAGUGCAAACGCGCUCCCACACAAGUGCGCAUGCCUUUUAUAGAGAUGACUUCUGCAGAUGGGGAAAAUGCUGGUAUAACUAAACUGGAGGUCAUGGAUCCCCCUCGUGUAAUUAAAACUCAUCUUCCUAUCCAACUUGUGCCACAUUCUUUCUGGGAGGCUGGUUGCAAGGUUAUAUAUAUGGCCCGUAAUCCCAAAGACACCGUUGUUUCAUAUUAUCAUUUUGACCGCAUGAAUCUUAACCAGCCAGAGCCUGGCCCUUGGCAAGAAUAUCUGGAGAAGUUUAUGACAGGCCAAUUGGGUUGGGGUUCCUGGUAUGACCAUGUUAAAGGAUACUGGAGGGAAAGGAAUAACAAGGCAAUCCUGUACAUAUUCUUCGAAGACAUGAAAGAGGACCCUGUUCGUGAAGUGACCCGUAUUGCUGAAUUCCUCGGGCUCCAAUUAUCGAAAAGUACAAUAGAUCACAUUGUACAAAUGACAACUUUUUCUGCUAUGCGAGAAAACCCAAUGGCAAACUACUCAACUGUCCCAGAUACAAUUUUUGAUCGUACAGCCUCAGAGUUCAUGAGAAAAGGUGAGGCUGGUGACUGGAAGAAUCAUUUCAGUGCACAAGAGGAUGCUGUAUUUGAGGACCAUUACCACAAAUUGAUGGCUGAUUGUCCUAUUCCGAUACGGUUCACGAUAUGAGAGAUUAAAACUGAGAAUAUUUAC